CUCUUGGCCGAUUACUGAGGUCUGUUAUCAAAAUGGCGGCAGUCGCGGCAACGAAUCCCUCGCAGCUUUUACCUCUCGAGCUGGUGGAUAAAUGCAUCGGCUCACGGAUUCACAUCGUCAUGAAAAAUGAUAAAGAGAUUGUGGGAACCCUGCUCGGAUUUGAUGACUUUGUCAACAUGGUUCUUGAGGAUGUGACAGAGUUUGAAAUCACUCCAGAAGGAAGAAGAAUCACAAAGCUGGAUCAGAUUUUACUCAAUGGCAAUAACAUCACAAUGUUGAUUCCUGGAGGAGAAGGACCAGAAGUUUGAGAAAUAUGUAGCCCCUUCCACAAAAUAAAAAUACAUUUUAUGUUCUUGUUUAAUUAUAGAAACCUGAAAAUUGAUCACUCACUGUUUUCAAACAUUUGUUUUUAUUUUACGAGGAGUUUUUCCACAUUAGUUCUUUGUAUUCCUUAAGUGAUCCAAAAAGAUUUUGUAAACAUUUGUUGCUUGUUACAAUAAAACAGAUAAAAUGAAA